AUGCUGUUAGAAUGGAACUUGGAUAGAUGUCAUAUGCUGCUAGAAUGGAGAAAGAAAUAUCCGGGGAUAUUUAUGAAGGAGGCUUUAUGGCGGGCAGCUAGAGCCACAACAAUUCCUGCAUGGGGAAGAGCAAUGAAUCAUAUGAAAGAGCUCAAUGUCAAUGCUUGGAAAGACAUGAUGGAUGUCCCAGCUGCAUGUUGGACUCGGUCUCAUUUCAAAAUAGACACACAAUGUGAUUUGCAAGUCAACAAUAUGUGUGAGGCUUUUAAUCGUGCAAUCUUGGAGUAUAGAGAUAAGUUGAUCAUUUCACUACUUGAUGGAAUCAAACAUUACAUAAUAGUGAGAAUAUCUGCUCAAAAGGAGAAAUUAAGUAGGUACACAGGUGUUACAAGUCCUAGCAUUCAAAAAGUCUUGGAAAAAACAAAGAGGGUAGCAGAAGAAUGGAUUGCAACAUGGCAUGCAGAUGAUGACUUUGCUAUAUUCGGAGUUUCAAACGGUGUUGAGACAUAUGCUGUGAACUUGCUUCAACAGAAAUGUGGUUGUAGGAAGUGGGAUUUAAGUGGAAUACCAUGUUAUCAUGCUAUUGCAUGCAUAUGGUAUAACAAGAAGGAGCCCGAAGAUUACGUUUCAUCAUUCUAUAGGAAAUCUACUGUUCUGGAUACUUAUAGCCAUAUCAUCAUGCCAACCAAUGGCCCACAACUAUGGCCUAUUAAUGUUGCUAACCCAAUCAGCCCUCCAGUCAUGCAAAGAUCUAUCGGUCUUCCUAAGAAGAAUCGUAACAAGGCGAAUGAUGAGCCGAGGAUAAGAAAUACACUGCCUAGAACUCUUCAAACUGUCAAGUGCAAGAAAUGUGGGAGUUUUGGCCAUAACAAACGAACGUGUAAAGGGAAGCGAGCUGCGGAGAAAGCGAUUCCUAAAGAUAACAACAAAAAAUCUAAAAAAAAUGGUGACAAGUCGGGCAAGGAAGCGGGAGAAACUGUUGUAGACGGAGGGUCGCAAGCACCGCCACCAACCCAAGAAUAG